AAUUUCUUAAAGUCUUCUCUUCAUUGUGAGUUACCAACUAGUAUAAUGAGUAAUCAAGAUUGGACAGAUGCAGCAGUUGGAGGGUUUAUGAACCUUCUUUCUGCCGUUAACAACAGCCCUGCUCCAGGUACAGGAAUCAAUGUGCUUGUCAAACAAGCCCACAACUUGAUGGGUCCACAAAUUCCAGAAGCGCUUAUUCAAUUUACCAUUAGCGAACAAAUCAAUUUGUUUGGUAGUUAUCCAACCAGUAAGGAUGUUGUACCAUCAGCUAUUUUUGCUGCUGUCUUCAUUAUUUUGUCCAUUGGACAUGCCGCUAUUUUCACCAUCAACUACUCUAGAGGCCACUAUUUCUGGCUUUCUUUGGGUUGGGCAUUCUAUUGUGUAAUGAGAUGGAUUGCAUGGAUCCUUCGUAUUACUUGGAGUAAAGAUAUCACCAAUACUGAAAUGGGUAUCGCCGAUGAAGUUUUAUUGGUCUUACCAUCUAUCUUACUUAUUUCUGGUAAUUUGAUUUUGGCUCAACGUAUCUUCACCUGGAGACAUCCAGUUGGUGGUUCCAGAAAAACUUUCUGGGCUGUCAUGAUUGCACUUUAUGUUGUAGUUUGUGCCGUUAUUGCUAUGACUAUUGUUGCUUCAGUAGUUCCAUACCUCUACCUUAUUUCCGAACACGCCUUCCUGGCUUACAAAAAGGUUGUCGAGGCUUCUUCAAUUCUUAUCAUUUUGUACACAUUGACCGCUAUGGCUUUGUUAUCUUUAGCUUACUUUUUCAAACCAACUGAGAAGGAUGAAAACUUGUACACUUUCCAACCAUGGUGGAUUAAUAGCUUCAGUCCAUUAUACUUUGUUAAGAAGGGUGCUGCAGCUGAAGCCGCUGAUACUUUCAUGAAGAGAAACCACAACCAUAGACAUGCCAUUAGAGUCAUUGCUGCCACCCACCACCACUACAAUCAAGUAGAGGGCCUUUCCAAUGAAAGAGGUGACUUGAAACACAACUAUUCUUUGGCCAUUAUUGUUAUUUCAUCUGUGUUCCUUUUCGUUGGUGCUAUCUGUAGAGCCGUUGCGGUAUUCCAAGGUCGUACCGAUGCUACUCGUGGUCCAGUCUGCGAACCAGUUGCUAUGUAUAUCUGUUGGGGUUUACUUGAAGUUAUCAUUAACGUUCUUUACCUUGUCGGUAGAGUUGACUUGCGUUUCUACAGACCUGACGUUUUACCAAAGGCUGUCCGUGAAAUCGUUACUGCCAAUCAAUCGGUUGAACAAUCUGCUGUCCACUCUGAAGCUGAAGAAGAAGAAGAAGAAGUUAUGACCAAAGAAAAGGAACUGACCGUUUCUCCAUUAGAUUCUGCCCCAGAACAUGAGCCAAGCACUGCUGUCCAAAACAAAGAAGAUUUUAAAUUUUAAUUUGAAAGCUCAUCAUUAAAUUCCAAUGCACAGAAUACAAACUAA